CCUUCACUUGGCGGCAAAGUCUGCCAACUCAGUUUUAAAAUGGCAGACAAGAGGUCAGAGUAUGUUUCAAGUGUUGCAAGCUCAGAAGCACUCCAACUGUACAAUGAGGCCGUGGAACUGUUUGUAAAUCACAAGGGAAGCUUUAUAGACCUGGUGAAGAGAGCAGUUGAGAUUGAGAAUGAUUUUAUUCUUGCAAGAUGUCUACUUGGUUGCAUGUUAUGUGACGUGUAUUCUGUACCAAAUCCUACAGAAGUUAAAAUGCAUCUUGAUGUUGUUAAUGAAUGUUAUCCAAAAGCUAAUGACAGAGAGAAGCUACAUAUACAAACUUUCAGAGAAGCUAGUCUAGGUCAUAUUAAGAAAGCAACGGAGAUACUCGACCAAAUUACAAUGAGAUAUCCUCAGGACUUUCAUGCUGUCAAACUUUCAUUCCUAUACUACAAGAGCACGGGGGAAUUCAUUAGAAUGAGAAACAUCCUCUCAAGAGCAGUUACACACUGCCCUAAAGAGGACCCACUUUAUCCUCACCUUCUUAGCCAGUAUGCUUUUUCUCUAGAGGAGACCAAUGAGAGACAAUAUGCUGAGGAACUUUGCAGGGAAAGUCUUACAUUACAACCAAUUAAUCCAUGGGCAUCUCAUACUAUGGCACACAUCAUUGAAGAGACUAAGGAUCCUCAGAAAGGUGUUGAUUUCUUGUGCUCAACUCAAGAGGAUUGGAACAAGACCCCAUACGCCUUUCACCUCCUCUGGCACCUCUCACUGUAUUAUCUUGAUUUGGGCCAGUCUGACAAAGUUUUGGAUGUUUUUGAUGCAAAAAUGGUUCCACUUUUAAGCAAGAGCUCACCUGUUUUUUAUCUUGUUGAUCUAGCCUCUUUAUUAUGGAGACUCAAUUUGCUGAACAUUGAUCCUGAUGAAAAGAGAUGGCAAGUUAUCUUAGAUACCUAUCGCUCAAAGAUUGGAGUUUUCUCACAUUCAUGGGUAAAUGCUCACCUAAUGAUGUCCCUGUGCUAUGGUAAAGUGACUGCUGAUACUGCUAGACUUGCUUUAGCAAAUCAAGUUAUACAAUCAAUGGAGGUGUAUUCAAAGGAGAGUGUAUCAAGUGACUGCAGUGUUGCUGAUCUGUUAGGUGUGCCUGUAUGCAAUGCAUUAUUAGCCUAUGGACAAGAAAAAUAUGAUGAAGUUCUGUCACUGAUGCUUCCUCUGAGAUACGAUUUCAUCAAGUUUGGUGGAAGCUGGGCACAAAGACAAGUAUUUGAAUUAACUAUUAUAAUGGCUGCCAUUAAAGCUAACGACUUGUCUCAAGCUCUUGCUCUCAUUAUUGAGCUAAAAUCACAGAAACCUCACAAUAAAAUGCUUGAGUCGCUCUAUCGAAGAGUACUGGAUGAAAGCAGACUGAGAAUCGGAGUGAAAACACUCAACGGCACAGCUGCCAUAGAAACCUGAUUGUGAACACUAUGGUAAUCCUUAUUAUCAUAGCAACAAUAUAUUCUCAUAAUGUAAUCUUAAUUUAUUUAUUUGCUAAUUGCUUCUCUCAAUAUCUUAAUGUAAAAGUUCACACACUGUAAUCCAAUAUGUCUUUAUUUCAUAAUUUGUUAUGUCAACAAUGAGUGUCAUCAACAAUACUACACAAUAACCAGACUAACCCGGUAUGUUAUAUUCAACACUAUGCCAUGCUAGCUUGACACUAUGCUUUAUAGCCAGACUAGACUGAUUACAAUCACUAGAGACAAGUGACGUGACUGAUGAUACAGUUAUAGAUACAGUCCUGGUGCUACGGUACAGCUGUCCUGCUUCAUGUUGUCUGCCUCUACAUAAACUGGUUCAGAUGCUUUUGUGAUGUUUGUUACGGCAAUUAGUACUUUUGUUAUUAUUAUAAAAUAUAUCAAACGAUUUUAAGUGCAAUG